AUGUCCUUUCGUGCUGCUAUAGAGAACCAGGAGCGGUUGGGUGCCUGGUAUCGCGGCAUAUAUGUGCUGUCCAGUAUCAGUGACAAGAUCAAACUGACAAUAUCAAAAGACGAUAUAAUACUAUGGUCUAUCCACAGCACAGAUACUUCCCUGUGCCAGCUACGGUAUGAAGCAUCGUUCUUUGAUGAGUUUGUCUUUGAGCCUUACGAUAUUGUAUUUGGAGAGAGCGGACUGCAGAUCGAAACAGAUUUGAAGGGCCAUGAUCACAAACUGUACUCUUUUGAGAUCGAUGCUAAGCAACUGACCACGGUGUCUAGGAAACCAGACAACGAUAUCAUACGAAAGUAUAGCCUGUCAAUCAAUAACACAACCACUUGUUCUGAAUCUUUGAUAAAUAAGCUGCUGGUCGCCAUAGAGAUGGAAUCCUUAAUAAUGAAAGAGUAUUGCCCCCAAUUCCAGCCGAUAAAGUACACGCCCAUUGUAUUGGAUCUCCAAUAUAAAAGGAAGUUUUUGGAUGUGUUUGGGAGUAACUCGUAUGAUAAGGAUUACACUUUGGAUCCAAACCUUAUAGCUUGUUUUAUAGAGGUGAGUAAAGAGUUAUCCAACUCCCUAUUCAACAAAAGUCUGAUGAACCAAAAUGACCUGCGAGAUGGGGAUAGACCCCUGGAGAGCUCUGAUGAGAUCAACUACAUCAAUUGUAACUACGGAUUGAUUAAGAAUUUUGUAGAUAACUGUCAGAAAAGUAUCUUCGAUGACGUUAAACUGGAAUUGUUGGAACGUAAGAUGGCCAUUACCGCUUUUGUAAAGGGUACAUUCAAAGGCUCAGAAAUUCUGCAAAACGCUCUAAGUAUGAGCAAUACAAUGAAUACUGCUGAUAUAGGACAUUACUGUCUCUUUGAUGGGGUUGAAGAAGAGCACGGUGGGAGAUCGGGACAGAAAAAGAGUCCCAAAACACUUAUCUUCAAGUUACGAGACUUCAAGAACUUCAUUGGCAUAGGAAACUCCUGGAAAAAUAUCCCCAUAACGCUGUCUGCAUCUAGAAAUAACGACUUGAGCAUAUGGUUCUGUCACCCUGGUGAGCCGAUCCUAUUUCAAAUGAAUAAAGGUGGCGUAAGAGCUCAACUGUUACUCGUGACCGACAGUACCGUUGGGAGCAGUACGAUCAAGAGUAAGGAACCAACUGCUAAUAACCAAAUGUCAAACCCAAGCAUGGAUACCUCUAGGGCAGCAUCCCCGUUGAGGCUUAACAGUAAUACGCGCUUACAAAAAACGGAGACGGCGUCGAAUUUGAAUAGCAGGUCCACGAGUCCAUUCAAGUUGGUUAACUCUGAUAUACAAAGUAUUCCUUUGCGGGACAACAGGAUGAGUCCCCUGAAGGAUACAGCUAUUGAGACUACCACAAAUGAACGAUUGAGUUCUGCGGGCAAAGUUGUUUCAGCCAGAAAGCUAUUUGUUUCCGAUGCGUCACAAGAGAGCAAUAUCGAUUAUCCAAACGUCCAAAAUGAUAAUACUUCUAAAGCCGAACAAGAUAUGUUAGCACAACUGCAAAUGGAGAGGUCUGAAACCACUAUUGGCUGGGGGAAUCGUUCCCUAAAGGAGUUUCCCACAAAACGUCCUAGUGCGGAGACAAGAAAUCCAAAAAAACAACAUAAAAUGUCUCCUGGAGAAGACGCUGAUAAGGGUGCGGAAGAACAGGAUGCUGCUGGAUUGGGUCCCACCCAAGCUCAAAAUCCAAAAGGUUUGUUCGACUGA